AUGGCGAAGUUAUCACAGCAAAUUAAUCAGAGGAACAGUUCUAACAAUAAUAGUAAUAAUGCAAAUACUAAUAUUACUACUACAAAUGGUUCAGUUCUUAAGGUGAAAAGAACUAGAAAAACUGUUCCCAGAGAUUCUCCUCCUCAACGUAGCUCCAUUUAUCGUGGAGUCACCAGGCAUCGAUGGACGGGUAGGUAUGAAGCUCAUUUAUGGGAUAAGAAUUGCUGGAAUGAAUCUCAAAACAAGAAAGGAAGACAAGGUGCGUAUGAUGAUGAAGUAGCAGCUGCUCAUGCUUAUGACUUGGCUGCACUUAAAUACUGGGGAAGUGAGACCAUUCUUAAUUUUCCGCUAUCAACCUAUGAAAAGGAAAUCAUAGAAAUGGAGGGCCAGUCAAGGGAAGAAUAUAUUGGAUCUUUGAGAAGGAAGAGCAGUGGAUUCUCAAGAGGAGUUUCGAAAUAUCGUGGAGUUGCAAGACAUCAUCACAAUGGAAGAUGGGAAGCACGAAUCGGCAGAGUUUUCGGCAAUAAGUACCUUUACCUCGGAACAUACGCUACACAAGAAGAGGCUGCAACUGCAUAUGAUAUGGCAGCUAUUGAAUAUCGUGGACUUAAUGCUGUGACAAAUUUUGACCUUAGCCGUUACAUCAAAUGGCUAAAACCUAACAACAACAAUACCAUUGAUCAACCAAAUCCUAAUGAAACUAAUAUGAUUCCAACUCCAAAUCAUAGUAUUGGAUCAACCUCGACCACGACCACGACCACGACCACCUCUGUCUCUGCCUCUGCCUCUGCCUCAGCGGCUCUAAUUUAUUCCCACUUCCAACUUACCUCGAGUACCACCAUGCCCGAUGUCUCGGUAACUCAAACUCGACUACCUUCUGCCACGUCAGCCCUCGGACUAUUGCUCCAAUCUACAAAAUUCAAGGAAAUGAUGGAAAUGACAUUGGCAGCUGAGUGCCCCCCUGAACCUGUUGAGCUUUUUGAUCCACCACAAAGUAAUUUCCCGGAGGAUAUAAAAACUUAUUUUGACACUCAAGAAUUUGGUGGUCAUGACCAAGGAGAGGAUAUGAAUAUUUUUAAUGAGAUCAACUCCUUCAUGCAGUCACUUUUGCAAUUUGAUUUUAAUGCUUAA